UCAAAACACCACAUCCUCUGGGCGUCACCACGGCAACCAAACAGUCAUUUCCGCCUACAGUGCGCCGGAGGGGGCGUGAAGUAUCCCAGAAAGCAUCUGAAUCGCAAAAGAGGAAACCAUGGAGAAAGGGGAAGAGACGAGGAGGUGACGAGCACACAGAUGAAAAACAAGAACACUUCAUCACCAUGAAGACAAGCGUUACAUCCCUCAGCAUCUGGUUUGCUCAGGUUCUAACGCUCUGCGCUCUCCAUGAAGAUCUCCCAGCCACACAGGAGCUGCAGGUUUCCACAACAAUUUCACAAGAUCUCGCAACAAGCCAAACAGCGACGGGUUCGUUGAGCACAGCACCGUUCUCAGACCCGACUCCACAUCUAUCCAUGCAGGAGCUGGGCGGCUUCACAGGCAUGGUGGAGGACGUGAGGAGAAACAGAAUGAUCAUCACCCCACACCACAACAUCACGAGGCUUAUCAAUGAGACGGAAGCUUCUAAAAACACCACGAGUGUCGAGGUGGAAUUCCAAGAAACAGGAACAGUUACUGAAAGUAUAAACAUUCAGGAGAGGACUCAGAUCUUAACACCAGUAACAUACAUCCAGCUGGACCAUGAGCUCCAGACAACAGCAUAUACUAGUCAGCAAAUUUCCACACCAGGAACUUCCAUCCAGUUGGACCAUGAGCUCCAAACAACAACUAUGAGUCAGGAGAUCGCCACACCAGUUAUAUAUAAUCAGCUGGACCAUGAGCUCCAUACAAAAUCAUCUUCUAGUCAAGAGAUUUCCACACAAGGAACUUCCAUCCCGCUGGACCAUGAGCUCCAAACAACAACUAUGAGUCAGGAGAUCGCCACACCAGUUAUAUAUAAUCAGCUGGACCAUGAGCUCCAUACAAAAUCAUCUACUAGUCAAGAGAUUUCCACACCAGGAACUUCCAUCCUGCUGGACUAUGGUCUCCAAAUAACUUCUGUGGGUCAGGAGAUCUCCACACCGGGUACUUCAACCAAGUUGGACCAUGAUCUCCAAAAAGAAACAUCUACUAGUGAGGAGAUCUCUACACAAGGAACUUCUAUCCAGCUUGACCAUGAUCUCCAUACAGAAACAUCCACUAGUCCGGAGAUUUCCACACCAGGAACAUAUGUCCAACUGGACCAUGAAACAAAAAUUUUUCCGAAUCAGACAGAGGAUAGAACUUUUGAUGUUGAUGAUGCAAACAUCACCACAGAUGUGCCUCUGUUUAAUUCCACACACCAGACUGAUGUAAAAAUAACUAGCAGACGUUCUGGCACAACAUUCCACCAAAGUCCAUCUCCAACUACAACAGCAGGAACCCACCUGGAGAUACAUUCUACAAACCAAACACCUCCAGAGGACACCACGAACACUGUCACACCUACAGGACAUACAUCAAGACCCUCCACUAUAACAUCAGCUUCAGUCCCUCCUACUCUGCUUACAAGCAAUUCCACAGAGAAAACAGAGGAACCUCUGGCAUCUAGUUCCAAGAUGAUGGAGAACACUAAAGCUCUUGGAACAACACAGGAACACAUAAAAGGUACAACAAAUACAACAUGGAGAGUUGGAACAUGGUUUAAUGAAACUGAAGGCAUAAACACCACCAAGCUUGAGAAUAUCUCCACAUCAGAGACAGUGACACCACACUGGACCACCUGCUUUACCCGAGAUUUUCCUCAACAUCCUCAUCCUCAGCGUUUCUCAAAGCGGGUCUGUUUCAUCACCAUGUGGGCUCUCGGGAUGGUCACCUCCCUGUUCCUGGGGCUCAGUGUGUUCCUGUGGGUUCAUCUUUCUGUCAAGAAGAAGAGAGCAAGACUUGGAGGAGGAUGGAGGGAAAGACAUGGACAAGGAGUAGCAGUGAAGGAGAAAAAGAGCCUGUGGGCAGAACCAGACUCAUCCACAGAGGACAGGGUGGAGUUCUGGUACUCCAACAAGACCACGACGGAUGGGGACAGGAGAAGAUAUGGAGUGGGUCACGCGAGGACGAGGAAGAACGGAGAAAGAGAGGCGGCGACGGAGGAGGAGAUGUGGAUCCAGCCGAAGGUGACACUGAAGGACAUUACAGACUUCUGGCAUGGAAACGGGAGAGUGAGACGGGACGAGGAGACACGAUCUAAACUCGAUGAGACUGAGAGAGAGACAGAAGGAUGAAUCUGUCCACACACACACACACUUGCGUAAGGAGAAUAUUUGUAUUUGCUUUAAUAAACUGAAUGUAAAAAAACGUUUUGUAAAUUCUCUGUUUUCGAACAAAUUCAAACCUGCACCAUGUGACCAAAGGGGGCGUGUCCUUCUACACUGAAGGGGGCUUGGAGUAACCUGUCAAUCACCAGAUCGUGGCUUCCAACUUUAAUUAAGAUAUUUGCUUUUGUAACUAAGGGUCUGAAACAUGGUGGAGGUCCUACUUCAUGUCUUUCAAAAGUUUUCUGACCUGAUUCAUCUCUAAGUUCCUCUCCUCUGACGUCUGAGAUCUGAGGAGGCCUGGUAGAACAGGGAGGUGUUUCCCCUCAACACUGAGAAUUUUUUCCCCACAUCAUUCUGUGUAAACUCCAGAAAUGUGUGUGUGUGUGUGUGUGUGAAAAUCCCAAACGCACCUCGGAC